GGCCGCGCUUGGUUGGCGGCGGGGCGGGAGGGAGGGCGGGCGCCUCUUGUUCGGCGUCUCAUGGCGGCGGUGCCCGUGCGGGGCUGAGGAGCGGCGACCGCGGGCUCGGUGCCGCCUCCCCCCCCCCCUCACCCCGGUCCCCGCUCCCUAUGAACCCCCCGGCGGCCCCCGCUGAGGGGCCGGCCCCGGCCGUGCCGUCCGGCGUGGAGCUGGGGCUGACGGCCGUCCACACGGCGCUGUGCGCCGCCCUCUUCCUCUUCGCCUACCUGCAGCUCUGGCUGCUGCUCUACUACCGGCAGCGGCGGCUGAGCUACCGCACCCUCUGCCUCUUCCUCGGCCUCCUCUGGGCCGCCCUCAGGACCACGCUCUUCUCCUUCUGCCUGCAGGGCUCCCCCCGGGCCCUCCGCCUCCAGCAGCCCUUCGCCCACUGGCUGCUCUACUGCCUGCCCGGCUGCCUGCUCUUCUGCAGCCUCUGCCUCCUCACGCUCUACUUCGCUGAGGUCAUAUUCAAAGUGAAAUGUGCAGCUGAAUUCAACAAGUACAAGGUCCUCUUGUACCUGGGCUCCGUACUUACCAGCCUCCUCUUCCUCGUUGUGAACCUGACUUGUGCAAUGCUGAUCUACGGGGAGGUCCCGCAGGACCAGCUGAGGUGGACGGUCCUUGCCCGUGCCCUGGUCAACGACAGCCUCUUCAUCCUCUGUGCAAUCUCACUGGCUUGCUGCAUGUGCAAACUGGGAAAGAUGUCUUCAGCCAACGUCUACCUCGAGUCCAAGGGGACAUCUGUCUGCCAAGCUAUCCUUGUGGGAUCUGUAGUUGCUCUUCUGUAUUCCUCAAGGGCUUGCUAUAACCUGGUAGCUGUGGCCAUAUCUCCAGACAGUGUUCCUGGUCCAUUUAAUUAUGGCUGGGACAACCUUUCCGAUAAGGUGCGCGUGGAAGUGAGCAGCGAAGAAUACGUCGUGUUCGGAGUGGUCCUCUUUCUCUGGGAGCUGGUGCCAACCACCUUCGUGGUGCUGUUCUUCCGGGCUCAGAGACUGAGCCAGAACUUGACCCCAGCGGGAAUGGUCAACAGUCAUAGUUACAGCUCCAGAGCCUACUUCUUCGACAAUCCAAGGCGCUACGACAGCGAUGACGACUUGUCACGGCUUGGGGCCAGAGAAGGAGGCUUGGCCACCCCUCAGUGCUCUGGCUGCUAUGGGUCCCUGGCUGGGAACGACAGCUACGCGGCGGGUCCCCAGCUCGGCGGGGCUGCUGCAGACAGUGCCCCCUUGCUCUUUGCUGCCGGCGGCUCGGAGGCGAGCGCCCACCAGAGCUCGUACCCCGCGCCGCAGAACUGAGGAGGCUGCGAGGCCCCUUUCCUCCCCAGAAGUGGCAUUCAUGUAUAGGAUUGUAACUUGGUUUUUUUUUUUUUCCUCUCCCUCUUCCCCCGAAGCAUCUAACUCAUUGACACAAACAUUCCACUACCUGCCGCAGCCGUGAGCGGGACUGAGCCUAUGGCUGCGGGCAGUGAGCAAGAAGAGAACUGUGACUUUAAGGUACCAUGUAGCAAAGUGAAGCUGAACCCUCUGGAAGCUUUUUUCUUGGUCUGGUCCUCAAGAUGUUGGCAGCUAAAUGCACCAGAGCUUCCUCACUAGAAAAAGAAACAUCAAAUGCAUAUUUGCACUUUUAUCUGCACACUUGGAAGGAACGAAUCUCGCUCAGACCGCGCCUGGUCUGAGACUGUUCUAGUUACUCUUUUAAUUGCACAUCUGUAGCUGGGAGAGGUGCUGUCUUCCUGCAAAGAUGUAUUCCGUGAAGUACUCUGCAUCCUGACUCACGUGGGAGCGUGGAGCUCAGUUAACAGUGUUACGGGCAGGGCCCGGUGCAGCGGGUGUUGAAGCGUGGCGCCACGUUCGCGCCCUGCGGGGCUGCUGAGCGUGGUCUCGCUCUGACUGCUGGCCCUGGUUGCACCCGGUUGCUGAUCCGCCCUACCUAGGAUUGUGGGCUCGAAGCGCAUCCGCAGCGAAGGCCUGUGACGGUGGGAUCGAGUGCUCCUUCUGGUGGUGAGGUGGCCGCGUUGUGACCGACCGCUGGCUUGUGGCGGAGGAAGAGGGCUGGCUUGGGCUGGAGCUGCCGGUGAGAGGGAGGGGAUGAGGUUCUGGGGAAGCCGAGGGCUGGAGUUGGCUCAGCAAAAGGAUGUGCAGGCCCGGAGUGUGCGCGGAACCAGGGCUGCUUCACCUGGUGGGGGUGAGAGUGGUCCCGAUCCCUCCUCUUCACCCCUCGGGGGGCUCCUCUGCCCCUCGGUAUUCACUGGCGUUUAGCAGGUAACCCAGGCUUCUAACCUGAGCAAAUGUGAACCAGCAGAGCCCCCAGGGCGGUGCAGGAGGCCUGCUGUUGUGCAGGGAGGGGCAGAAGCUGCAGAAAGCUGGUCCCUGGCCUCCUUCCCCUCCUCUCCUGGCUCUGCCCUGGGGUGCCGUGGAGCAGGCUGUGGCCGCAGGGCCUCGGUGUGCUGGGUCAGGCUGGGAGGAGGCUGCUCUCAGCCCCGGUCUGUCCUUCCCUCGGACCAGAAUAGCCAGCUUUGGCCUGGCUUGCAGCUCUCUUGGGCUCCGGGAGGCGAGGCUCUGCCUUCCACACUGGAUGCGAGUCCCGGCGUGUCCCUGAGCCCUGCGGGGGAUGAGCCAAGCGGCUCCGGACACGUGCUCGGAGGGAAGCGCUGCUCCGGGGCUGGCAGCUGCUCUGACCCCUAGUGAAAACGUGAACUGGACCCGCUGCUGCCCUGCGCAGAGCUGCCCCUGCUGCUCAAACGCACCUGCCACUGGGAGACCCUUCCAGGGCCAAGGCCUCGCACGCGGGGAGCUGCGCAGCGCGGCCUGGCUCGGGCUGUGGGACACCAGUUGGGUGCCGGCGGGGCCCCACGCAGCAGCCUGUGCGAGAAGCCCCAAGCACCGGGGCCGGCCCUGGCCUCUCCUCGCUGGCCCUGCCCUCACUGGUGUGGCCUGGUCCCCCCGUGUCACCCCGUGUCACCCCGUCACCUGCCUUGCUUGCACCGAGCUCGCUGCCACUUGUCACCCCGAGCACACCCGGCCCCCUUGGCGUGGUCCCCGCGCUGGCCUGGGGGCCUCCGUGCUGACCUGCUUCACUCGUGCUGGCCCAGGAAAGGAGCAACCUCUGCUGUUUUUUUGGGGGGGGGGGGGGGGCUUUGGGAUUAGGACCUGUGGCGCAGCCCUCUUGCUGUGGUACUUGAACCAGAGAGCUCCAUCCCAGCCGCCGCGGCUCUCCUGGCUGCUGUCGUGCGCGGCGUGAGAGCCCCGGCUCCUCGCUUCGGCUGGGCUGCGGGAAGAGGUGGCUCCAUCCGUCGCUGCUCGACUUACGGCAGAGCUAAGGAAGGCCCCAGCUGCCGCGCGUCGCCCUUCUUUCUUCUCCCGUAAGUCGCCAAAGAGAGCAAACGACGCUAGCGGCCCCUGUUCUUGCUUAAAUUCCAAAGCACUAGGAGCACUUUAAGUUUUUUCUUUGGAGGGAAGGGAGCGUAGUGCAAAAAAAAAAAAAAAAAAAGAAAGAAAUAAAAAUUAAAGGGCUACCGGCUCAUUGUUCAUAUUGCACUGAAGCACACACCACCGAUAUGAUCUUCCUGGCGUUAGGAUCGCAGGUCGGGGCAGUGAGUCGCCUUGCUGAUGUACUCGUGAGUGACUGGCAAAAAAGUGUUUUGGUUUUCCUCGUUUGUAUGGGUGGCCGUUAAUUUCAAAGCUCUGACUGCUCCCCGGGGGGUCGGGCUUGUGUUUUACCGAAGUAAUUUAUAGCUGAGAAGUACAAUGACUUUUCUAAUGCAUAGUUGCCUUUCAUUAAACUUUUUUUUUUUUCUUUCUUUCUCUCUUCGGCCUGGUUUAACAGCGUGUUGGCUUUGCAGUCAGGCAGCUGCUGGCUGCAACAGGAAGCUGUGGCCAAUGAAUGUACCUAUUUGUCCUUCACUAAACUGUAACCAAGCACUACGAUGUUGAAAU